AUGUCAAUAAAUUCAGCACCAGAUUCGUUCCCACUGGUAGGAAGAUACGCAGAGAGAAAUCGGCUGGACAUCAUCAACGGUCCUGGAGACUCACGCGUGACAGGGAGCCAAAUCAUUUACGAUGAAGGCAUUGUCGAUGCUUGGCACGAUAAAGCCGUGCUCAUCACCGGGGUAUCAUCCGGUAUUGGCAUAGAGACUGUCAAGGCAAUUGCGUUGACAGGGGCAACUGUCUUCGGAACUGCCCGAAAUCUGGCGAAAGCAAAAGAGGCUUUGGGUUCUGUACUGGAUAAUGAACGUAUACAUCUUUUGUUCAUGGACCAAACAGACCUAUCGAGUGUUCGAGCUUGCGCCCAAGAGUUUCGCGAGCAUAGUAGCACCCUCAAUGUUAUUAUCAACAAUACUGGGGUAAUGAAUACCCCGGAAUACCGCACCAAGGACGGAUUUGAGAUGCAGUUUGGGACCAAUCAUUUGUCCCAUUUCCUUCUUUUUUACCUCCUGAAGGAUUUACUAUUAGCGAGCUCGACUCCGGAAUUCCAUUCUCGGGUGGUGAAUGUCUCUUCUGCUGGUCACCAACGUAGCCCAGUGCGUCUAGACAAUGUCAACUUCGACGGCAUUUAUAACGGAUGGCUCGCAUACGCCUCAAGCAAGACAGCCAAUAUCCACAUGACAAAUCAGAUAGAGAGGCUUUACGGAUCUCGAGGGCUCCACGGUUACAGUCUACACCCCGGCUGCUUUGUGAGCCCGAAUCUGCAAAAGUUUUCUCAAAAGGAGAUGGACACGGUAACAGAAGAUGAAGUUAUGCGAAGGAUGUUGACAAACCUUGAACAAGCCUGUGCGACGAGUGUGUACGGUGCUGUUUCGAAGGAGAUUGAGGGCAAAGGUGGACUUUACUUGGAGGGAGCAUCGGUUGCAGCAAAGCCAGCUCGGCGAGGUGGGAAGAUAGGGAUUGACUAUGGCUAUGCGCCUUUUGCUUACGACAAGGACAAGGAAGAGGCUUUAUGGGAACUCAGCAAAACCCUAGCUGGAGUUGAAUAAGUGACGAGAGCAGAAAUAUUUGAUGUGUUUGGAUAUCAUGUAGCAAUCUUGAUGAAUACCCAG